AUGUUCGGCCUAGACUUCAACAAACCUUCCCGUGUUUCGACUUCGUCCUUAAUCAGUGCCAGAAACAUCAGUAAGACUCCCACUAUCGAUUUCAUCGAAGAUAUAGCAUUCAACUCAUUUUGGGAGAUUGAAUGUCAGUUGAAUCUAUUCGCUAAAAAGGAAGGUUACAAAUAUUCAGUUGGUAAAGCUGGUAUACCUAGAGGUAAAAAAUUACAUUUUCAAUUAUCUUGUUAUCAGUCUUUUUCUAAUCAGAACCUACAAGCUUGUAAACACGUAUUAUCGUUUAAGAAUGUCGGAGAUGAUUUGGACGAUCCAGCUAAAGGACCUUUCGAACUUGUCACGGAUAAGAUUAUCAAACAUAAUCAUCCGCCAAUACAGCGAUUCCUCAAUUCGAGAGUACCUAUACCUGAGGAGAGGAAGAUGGAGCAUGAUAAUAGGAGAGUAGCAUGUAUUGGUCAGAUGUUUGGACAAGGAAAUACAAAGUAUGCAGAAACGGACAAUAGCGAUGAGGAGGAAGAAGAUUCUGAUAAUGAGGUAGGAGAAGAAGAGGAAGAAGUAGGAGGGACGGUUGAAAAAGAAGAAGGAGAAAGAGAAGAUCCUGAUAACGAGAUAGGAGAAGGGUUAGAAGAAGAAGAACAUCCAGAUCCCCUAGAUGUAUUCCACGACUCUUCCUUGUCGUCCUACGUCGAUUCAGAGCCAGAAAGUUUCGUGAAAGAACCAAAGAGGAGAAUCAUGAGAAGUAAUGCCGAUAUCGUCACAUCUAAUAACGGACAAGGUCGAGUUCACGAACUGAUGGAAGAGGUUGAACAACUACGAAGGAAGUAUGAUCAAGCGGAGAAAGAGAAUCAACAUGGUAGAAGAGAGUCAGACAUCAUCGAAGGUGAAAGAGAGGAGGUGAAAGGUCAAAUUGCCGAGAUGAAAAUUGAGAAUGAUGAUUUGAAAACUCAGUUGGCAGAGUUGAAGAACGAAAAUGGACAACUCCGAGAUCAGAUCAGAUCGAUGGAGGAUCGAGGCGAUUCGUAUAAGGUGAAGUAUGAAGAUCUCAGGAGAAUUACCAAAGAACGCAUGAGGUUCAUGGAGGAAGAUGAAAAGAGAAGAGCGGAAGCUGCUGAGAUUGAGAGGAUGCAAAAUGAGAAGAAGAGAAAAUUGGAUGAAAGUUUCUUUGGGUUUUUGGAGGAUUGA